GAAACUCAAGUUCUUGCACUAGUAAGAAGCACUCGCACAUAUUUCUUCACAUUCUAUCCAAACUCUAGUUCAAAUCUCUUUCCUCUCCCAAGACAAAAACAUGGGUGUCGCCACAUAUGCCCAAGAAUUCACCACCCCCAUUGCUCCAUCGAGAAUGUUCGAGGCUUUGAUUCUUGAUUCGCACAACCUAAUUCCCAAGAUUGCCCCUCAGGGUAUCAAGAGCAUCGAGUUCGUCGAAGGAGAUGGAGGAGCCGGAAGCAUCAAGGUCACCAACUUCGCCGAAGGUGGUCACUUGAAGUUCUUGAAGCACAGAAUUGACGCUCUUGACACCGAGAACUUGGUCUGCAAGUACACUCUGAUCGAAGGUGACGUGGUCUUCAACAAGAUCGAAUCGGUUGCCUACGAGGUUAAAUUCUUGGCUUCGAGCGACAGUGGAUGCGUAUGUAAGAUGACCAGUGAAUACCACACUAAGGGUGAUGUGGAGCUCAAGGAAGAAGAUAUCAAACAAGGCAAAGAAAAGGCUAUGGGACUCUACAAAGUUGUUGAAGAGUACCUGUUGGCGAAUCCCGAUGUCUAUGCUUAAAUAGCAACUUCUUGUGCCGUUUCCGUCAUGCGUCAUUUUGCCCUAAUUUCCCUUAUCUGUCACUAUAAGGGAUGUGCAAGUGUGAUCUAUUGUAAUUUUGAGUGCGAUUGAACUGUAAUUUUGGGUGUGAUUGAAUAAAUUUCCAUUGAAAUGGUUGAUGUUCUAUGAGUAAAUUGAUCUGAUAUCGGAUCAAAGUGAAUAGUGAACAGUGACUCUUCACGUUUUAACUUU